UAUAAUUCAGUGUUGUGUUUUUUUACGAAAUAAUAUUUUGUAUUAAAAUGGACGAAGCGUAUGCACACUUAGAAGCAAACAAUCUGAAGGAUAACAAGAAAGCUCUUCUACCUCCCGAUGGGGGUUGGGGUUACGCUGUUUGUAUUGGCGUUGGAUUUACUUUCAUGCUGGGUUUUGGUUCAUCAAACGCCUUUGGGAUAUUAUUUAACAACUUUUUCAUAGAGCAGGACGGUGCUAGUGGACUUCCACUUGUGAUAGGUGUUUAUAAUGGAGCGUUAUCAAUAUCAGGUUUUUUAAGUGGGAUUGCCCUUAAGAAAUAUUCGUUUCGCCAAGUAGGAUUAGUCGGCGCUGGAUUAUUUGUAUUAGGUGAUAUAUUAACCAUCUUCGUAGAGAGGACAUACCAACUUGUGUUCACUUUUGGUGUUAUAAGAGGUGCAGGCUUCGGUGUAAUGAUACCAGUCAGCUUUACAGCGUUCAAUUGCUAUUUCACAAAGAAACGUACAGCCAUGAUGAGCGCGAACCAAACUAUGAGCAGCAUGGCGUCCAUCACAUUCCCUAUAAUGGUGACCUUCCUGCUAUCCGAGUACGGGUUCAGAUGGACCCUCGCUCUGAUCAUGGCUGUGGACUUGCACUUGGUGUUUGCGAUGCUUGUCAUGCAUCCGGUUGAAUGGCAUAUGAUAAAAGUACCGGGAUGUGCUGAAGUUGAGCUCUCACCGGAUUCAGAAUCGAGAAGCCCCAAGAAAAUAAAAUUAAAAAGCGAUGUCUAUGAUGAAUCAGCUAUCAAAAUGUUACCGGGAGACGACGAUGCUGUAGAAAUUAAAACUACUGCUCCCCGGCACCAGUCUAUUCAAAAAAGUAUAAUGAAAGUAAUAUACGAUAAUGUCGAAUUAGAUUUGCUUAAAGACCCUCGUUUUGUGAGCACAUUAGUGGGGCUGGGAUUUGCUUUCGUGUCUGAUGUGACUUACUUAGCGAUGGAGCCAAUGUUGCUAUUUUCAUAUGGAUACACUAAGAUCCAAGUAGCAACAUGCGUUAUGAUCGGCGCCGUGGCUGAUCUGAUGGCAAGAUUUGGUCUUGCAAUAUUUACCUACUUUUACAAUGUAGAUAGUAAAACGAUCUUCUUUUUUGGAACUUGUGUUACAAUGGUGCUACGAAUAGCAUUGGUAUGUUCAGAUAACUUGAUUUUUGUCGUUACAAUAACCGCAGUGUCAGGUUUAGUCAGAUGUUCAGUGCAAGUGCUGUUUCCUUUGGUUUUAGUAACGGCGGCGCCAAAUAGAUUUCCAGCUGCAUUGUCUUUACAUAUUCUUUUCUCUGGAUUUUUGAUGCUCAUGACUGAUCCGUUAAUAGGUAUAAUAUAUGAGACUACAGGAAGUUACGUAAACUGUUUUAUAGCGAUGAGUUUUUGCUGCUUAGUGUGUAUUGUGCUUUGGACUGUGGACUAUUUUAUCAGUCGCAAACAAUCUUAGACAAUCUUAAUGAUACGAUUUUGAAAGACUUUAGAGGUUUCUA